AUUUGAUUAAUGUUUCUCUGUGGUGGAAAGAAAUAAAAAACUUAAAUGAGAACCUUAGCACUAGAAUCUCAUUUAUUUACAUUACGAAAUAAUACAGAAGACAUUCUAAAAAUAUUCUAUAAUGCAGACAAGAUGCAAUAUGAAAGCCAAGAUAAGGAUAUGUUGAUAAAAGGAAAAAAGCUUUAAGAGUUACAUUAAUUCAAUGAAGCUACUUUAGUUUAAUAGAUAGAAGAUUAAAUUGUUGAUAUUGAAAAGGCUAAGUUAAAAAAGCAAACAAAAUUAGAUGAAAUUUAUGAAAUGGAAAGAGAGAUUUUAUAGAAUGAAAUAGAAAUAUAAGUAAUAAAGAAUCUUUUGAAGGAUGAUGAAAAAAUAGUUAAAAACUUACAAAAAUGUGAUAUUAAAUUUGCAUUAGAUCUUCAAGAGAAAUACAGAUAAAGUUUGGAAGAAAUAGAAGAAGAAAUUUCAUAAAAGCCACCAAUGAGAAGUGAGGGAUCUGGUAAUCUUCAGAAUUAAUCAUAAGAUUAGAGAUAAUCUUCAUCUUCUUGAGUAAAAUUAUAA